ACAAACGAAAAUGAAUUAAAAUGCGAUGAUUCUGAUUAAAACAACAUAUAAUUAGAAAAGCACUGAACUUGAUCUGAUCACGAAUCUUAAUUAAUUACAAAAUGUAUAUACAUCGAUCGACUGUAUUACGACUGUGUGUGUGGGUGAGCCUGUUGGCGCUAUGUGGGGCCCAACGCGCAGAGCAACUCCUGGCACAGAAUCCGUGCUCCAGCAAGACGACGUGCAGUGACUGCAUCCGUACGGCCAGCUGCGCAUGGUGCUUUGCAGCAGAGUUCAAUGGCCCACGAUGCUUCAACCCGGCCAUGGAGCGAGAUGGCACCGCGGGAUGUGAAGAAUCCUACAUAUUUAACCCAGACAAUAAACGCUCUGUCGAUCCCAUGUACAAUAUGGAGCUGAGCAGAGCAAAGUCCAGAAUGGGUAUGGCUGCUGGCUCAUCUUCUUAUGAAGAGUCUUACAGUGCAAAGGGCAGCAGUUUUGCUGCUUCAGGAUCGGCAGCAGCCGCCGGCGGUGAGGCUGGUGGCGACAGACUGGUACAGAUGAAACCUCAGAAAGUGAAUCUCAACCUAAGAAUGAAUCAAAUGCAGAAACUUACAUUUGCGUACUCCAGAGCUCAAGAUUAUCCUGUUGACUUAUAUUACCUUAUGGACUUGAGUAGAUCUAUGAAAAACGACAAAGAGAAACUCAGUACACUGGGAAGUUUACUGUCUGCUACUAUGAGAAACAUGACAUCCAUGUUCAGGAUCGGAUUCGGCUCAUUUGUAGAUAAACUAGUCAUGCCUUAUGUAUCUACAGUGCCUAAGAAUUUGAUAUCACCCUGUGACGGUUGUGCAGCGCCUUAUGGUUACCAAAAUCAAAUGUCUCUCAGUACUGACACUGACUUCUUUGAGAAAGCAGUAGCGAACGCAGACGUGUCCGGUAACUUGGACGCUCCCGAAGGAGGGUUCGAUGCUAUUAUGCAGGCCGUGGUCUGCAAGCAACAGAUCGGCUGGCGAGACCAGGCUAGGAGACUUCUUGUCUUCUCCACAGACGCCGGAUUCCAUUACGCUGGCGACGGAAAGCUCGGUGGUAUCGUCCAACCUAAUGACGGCGAAUGUCACAUGAAGGACAACACGUACACACACUCGACACUGCAGGAUUACCCCAGUAUUUCACAGAUUAAUCAUAAGGUGAAAAAGCACGCUAUCAACGUAAUCUUCGCGGUGACGGCGGAGCAGAUCAGCGUAUACGAGCAGCUGAGCAAGCACAUCGAAGGUUCCAGUACGGGAGUGCUGAGCAACGACUCCGAUAACAUCGUCGACCUCGUCCGGGAACAGUACAACAAAAUUACGUCAACAGUAGAAAUGAAAGAUUCAUCGAGUGACGCUGUGCAAAUAGUUUAUUACUCAUCUUGUCUCAGCGGCAAAGAACUCACCCAGACAAACAAAUGCGACGGAUUAAAGGUCGGCGAUGUCGUGGAAUUCACAGCUGAAAUCACAUUGAAAGAAUGCCCGAAAGACCGCAGCAAGUGGAAGCAGACUUUCGAGAUCUCCCCCGUCGGUAUCUCUGACAGUCUUACUGUUGAACUGGAAAUGGUCUGCGAUUGUCCUUGUGAACAGCCUAAUCAUCAUGCGUACAACGACAGUCCGCUGGUAUGCAGCGGCGAGGGCGUGUCGGCGUGCGGGGUGUGCGUGUGUCGCGCGGGGCGCUUCGGCAAGAACUGCGAGUGCUCGGCGCACGGCGGCGUGUCGGCCGAGCAGGAGCGCGGCUGCCGCCCCACCAACGCCAGCGCCGGCCCGCUCUGCUCCAACCGCGGCACCUGCAUCUGUGGCGUCUGCGAGUGCAACAAGAUGGACGACCCGCUUAACGUGAUUUCUGGCCCGUUCUGUGAGUGUGACAACUUCACAUGUGACAUGAACAAAGGUUUGCUUUGCUCGGGCCCCGACCACGGGGAGUGUGUCUGCGGCAAGUGUAGCUGUACUCCAGAGUACACCGGACCAGCCUGCCAGUGUUUGAAGGACCAAACUCCUUGCCGGUCUCCUGAAAACAAUGAAAUAUGUAGCGGUAACGGAAAAUGUGUCUGCGGCCAAUGUGUGUGUAAUGUAGAUGACGAUCGUCAUUAUUCCGGAAAAUACUGUGAAAAAUGUCCCACUUGCCCUGGACGCUGCGGUGAAUUCAAAGACUGUGUGUUAUGUGAGGUACACAAACGUGGUCCGCUGUACAACGCCGACACAGAUACCUGUGGCGACUGUGCGCUCUAUCCCAUAAUCGAAGAAGGGAAAAUUGAAGCGAACGAAUCUCGAAACGAGCAUUUAUGUAGUUUCUACGACGACGAAGACUGUUUGUAUGUGUAUGUGUACUCCUACAAUGAGAACCAGCAACUUGUUAUCAGGGCGCAGAAGGAAAGAGAAUGCCCCAAGAAGGUGCCGAUCUUGGGUAUUGUGCUGGGUGUGAUCGCUGCGAUAGUGUUGGUUGGGUUGGCACUACUGAUGUUAUGGAAGAUGGCGACCACUAUCCACGACCGCAGGGAGUUCGCGCGCUUCGAGAAAGAACGCAUGAUGGCCAAAUGGGACACGGGCGAGAAUCCUAUUUACAAGCAAGCGACUUCAACCUUCAAAAAUCCUACAUAUGCUGGAAAAUAAUAAAUUAUUUAUACACAGAUUCAAAAAGUCAGCAAAUUGAAGUAGUCGUCUCAAUAUGUACAACUUGUAAUGCCGCAUUUAUAAAGUUAUCAAGAAGUCAGUAUUUAAUAUGAAAUUUCGUGUAUCAAAAUAGAUCAUUAGAAUCAUGUUAAAUUAAGAAAUGCAUUGAGAGUUGCCUUAAAAAUGUGCCUUCAGUAACUUAUUGUCGAUUGCACAAGUCAGUGCAUGAAACGCUUGAUAGAUGUAGCUUACUAUCAUUGAGUUUCUACAUAAAUAAAUUGAAAUCUACAUUAUUGUACAGAUGUUUACAAACGCAAAUGCACUGUCUGUAUUUAUGCCUUACGUUUAUUUUAUAAUGCAUAUUUUGUCCGAAGGUCUGUUUAAUCUCAGGAUGUAUAUUGUACGCUUUUUGUACUUAUGUGUGAAUGAAUGUCGUAUGUACUUGUGUUCGUGUGUAGCUUCGUCGAAUCGAACGUGUCUCGGGGUGCUACAACUAUACGCUAUAUACACUACCCUGUAUUUUAUAUAUUACGUAUUUUAAGACCAUGGUGCGUUCGAUAGGUUGUAGUUUAGAGCUUUAUAAUAUUUAUAAUAUUAUUGACGAAAGUAAUCCUAAUUUACAAUACUGACAAUAUCGGGAAUAAUACUUAAUUCGUUAAUUAUUGAUUGAAUUGACUACAAAUUCUCAUUUUUAUACAAAAUAUAUUUUAAAGUCAGUCUGCCGUUGAGUCAAUUUAGGAUCCCGAUAUUACUUUCUUAAGUGUUAUCGUAAUACUAUUAAUAUAUAAGAGCAAGAUACGUAUUUAUGAUAUAUCAUACUUUCAAUAUUGUUAACUCAUGAGUCUCUAUUUAAUAUUUACUCAUUCAAGUUACGAACUUUUGUUUAGUCUGAUCGAAAUGUAGCAAUUUAGACACUGCCAUUACAAUACUAUAAUGCUAGGCGGAAAGUGAGACGUUAUAAUCUGCCUUUGAUUGUACUUAUUCAUACUCUGAAGUAUGCGUAGAGUCAAAAAAUCUCUCGAAAAAAGAUCUCACGCGUUUCGGAUUUAUUAUUUCGUCCAACAUUACAAUGUAUUACGACGAUACGCCAAAUGCUCUCAGAGGUACAGUGUACUAAUACGAUGAUCCUCUAAAAUAUAAAGUACAUUAUGUACAGAUUCGUUGAGGUAAUCUCCGUCAAUCUCCAAUAGACGUCGUACGUCGCGUUCUACUAUGGCGACGGCGACGUUACUAAAGCUUCCUUCAUUCGCCCUCGUGCCUUGUUAUAACAUGAAUAAUAACUAGUGCCAUUACUAAUAUUAUAGUGUGUAAAAGAAAAUUAUUAUUUAUUUCAAAUAUUAAAGUUGAUAUAAUUAUGUAGAAAAGUAAUAUUAUUGUAAUUUAGUGUUGUAAGAUUUUAUAUCGAAUAAGAUUUAGUUUUGAGUUUGGACAUCCUUUUUUAAAUAUAUAGUAUUUUUUAUUUUGUUAUUGUGAAAAAUGCCUUUGACUGAAAUGAAUGUUUUAUAUGAAAUUCAAAAACACUUUGUGAAGUAAUGUGUUGCUUAUACCUACAUAUUGGUCCCACCAGUCGUUCCAAAUAAAACGCCAAUCCUGACGCUAAUCGACAAAUUGUUUGAUACGCCAAUUACUCGGAGCAGGAAAAUAUUCAGUUUCUUUGAUUUCAUUAUUACCCUAAUGAACUGAUUGUCUAAAAUUAUGUCGAAUUUGAGUUGUCUUUCUUUUUCUUUUGACCCAAUUGUAAAUAUUUAGUUUUAACAUGCAAAAAAAUAAGCAAUUGUGGCUUCUAAUAGUAGCUAAUAAAUAUUAACACAAAUAU